ACAGUGCUUAUUUAAAAACUAUAUUUCAAAAUGCACCUUGUACACGUUUCUAUUCUAUUGCUCUUGUUUCCUGUGAUACAUGCUCGUCAAUUCAGAGUCACGGAUCAAGUUUAUUUAGACAUAAUUCGUGAUGACAAACCCGUUGGUCGAAUAGUUAUAGGACUUUUCGGCGAUCUAGCUCCAAAAGCUGUUAUGAAUUUCAAAGUACUUGCAACAAAAGGAAUUAAAGGAAGAUCAUAUAAAGGAACAAGUUUUAAUCGUAUAAUAAAACGCUUUAUGAUACAAGGAGGUGAUGUUGUAUCAGACGAUGGAACAGGUUCAAUAAGUAUAUACGGUAAAACAUUUAAAGAUGAAAACUUAGAAACCCAACACACAGAUGCUGGCUUUGUGUCAAUGGCGAAUAAAGGUAAGGAUACAAAUGGUUGUCAAUUUAUAAUAACGACGAAACCAACACCUUGGCUUGAUAACUUACAUACGGUUGUCGGAAAAGUAGUGGAAGGUCAAAAGAUAGUUCACAUGUUAGAGCAGACUCCAACUGAUAUUAACGAUCGGCCGACAGUGCGCGUGUACAUCGUGGACUGCGGGCUGUUGUCCACUGAACCUUUUUAUGUGUCUGAUGAGCCCUAUGACCUUUGGGGUUGGAUCAAGGUGUCAGCCGCACCGCUGUCAAUGUCAUUCUCCAUAUUGGCUUUCUUUCAUUGGAUGAUAAAAAAGAUGGAGAUUUAAUAGGUCUUAAAUAAAUUAUUUAUAAAAAAACAA